AUGUCCUCAGCCUUUAGCUUUGGCUUCGGUGAUAAUGGCGACGAGUCUGAUAGCAGUAUGCACGAGGCCCACAAGGAGAAUUUGCAGCCAGAUGUGUCUGAUCUUGACACUCAACAAUCUGGCCUUCAAGUAGCCAAAGUACUUGCUCAUACUGACUUAGUAAGUAAGAGCCAUAAACCAAUACAUCUGAAACAAGACAGCACAGUGCAAUUGCCUCAACGGGAUUUUCAAGACAUCCAAGCUCAACUGAUGGCUGAAGAUAGCGCGAUGAAUGCAAAUGAGCCUCUAGCUCCAGGUCUUUCGGACGACGAUCUCAAGCCCAAUAUUUAUGAAGGUGGCUUCAAAACAUGGGAGUGUGCCGUUGACCUUGCCAGCUAUGUUUUGACCCAGUCUCUGGUGAUGGAAGGAUAUGUAUCAGGCUUGAAUUUGAUCGAACUUGGAGCAGGGACUGCCCUGCCUACUUUGUCUCUCUUCUGGCAAUGGUUAUUGCAGUCCGACAUGAGGACUUCAAGGCUUCAUAUCAUACUGACCGACUACAAUCAAUCUGUACUAGAGCUUGCUACAAUUCCUAAUCUUUUCUUGACGUGGUAUUCCGUAGCUUACCCGCAGAACCCAAGUCAACAGGUUGAGGUGACUACGGCAUUACGAGCAAGGUACUUGGAUGACCUCAAAGCUCGGAAUAUCAGCAUUUCCAUCAUAUCAGGUGGCUGGUCGCCAGAGUUCUCUGCCCUUCUUUCAUCAGUGAUUGCACCCCUUGGGCAAGCAAAUACCCUGAUUCUGGCAAGCGAGACAAUAUAUGCCCCUGCGAGUUUGCAUGCCUUCACAGCCUGCAUUCUAGAUAUCCUCAGAAACACAGACGGACUACAUCAAGUGAAAGCUUUGGUUGCCUCUAAAAACAUCUACUUCGGCGUGGGUGGAGGUGUCAAUGAGUUUUUAGCACUCUUAAGACGGUCGGAAGGCCAUGGUGAAUAA